CCAAGAGAAAAUUACUUUAAGGAAUGUAACUCCUCAGAAUGGUCACUUUUAGGUGGAGGUCACAACACUCCGAUUUCUGUAGCAAGUCAGUCGAACAUAGCGCAUGGAAAAAGCUUAUUUGCAACAUUGCUGAUAAUGCCAACGUAUAUGGACACUCUGCGUCGCAAAGAGCUUAUGAAUUGGCAUCUGUGUUUAAG